ACAUGAGAGGGGGGAGGGUCAGAGGGAGAAGCAGACUCCCCGCCGAGCAGGGAGCCCGAUGCGGGACUCGAUCCCGGGACUCCAGGAUCAUGACCCAAGCCGAAGGCAGUCGCUUAACCAACUGAGCCACCCAGGCGCCCCGAUUAUGUAUACUUUUAAACGGUAUUCAGAUCACUGGCCAGGUUUGGGAACCCUGUACUGCACCACACCAGGCUGACUGGGGGCCAGGCUCCUCUCCCCGUGAAAAUACACGUUCAUGCUUAUUCAUCCCCCAGUUUUUAAUGAGUUAGGGUAGUAGGAGUCAUGCCUCCAGAGUGGCUGUCCCUGGGACUUCUGCUGUAGGGACGUCCACUCAGGUGUGGUGCCCCUUCCCCCACUACACUGUCGGGCAACCAGCUCUGCUACUUUUCCUCAGGCCGCCCAAUUUCCUUUGGACCCGCUGUUUUUUGAGGUCCCAGGAUCUCUUACACACUUGGCCAACCGCUCUCAGCCCAGACUGUAACUCUCAAAAUCAGCGCAAUGGCAGAGGGCCGUGGGACUGGGACAAAGAAGAGGAAGGAGUCAGGCGGGGCUCUGGGUUCUCCCUUCUGCCUCUACUUGCAGUUCUUUCUCGGUAACCCCGCGGGCAGGCCCUCCUCCGCUCCUUUCCCCGCAGCCCUGGGGAAGCCUAAGGGGGCGUGGCCAACAGAAUCCCGGCCGCAGCCAAUCCCAGCGGGGUCCUUCGGGUGGGCGGGGGCAGAGGGGCGUAGCCUGAAAACUUCCGCGACCGGGCUGGACCAAUCCCGACCCGGGAGGUGAAGCCGACUCCAUACCUGGGCCCAGGUGCGCUCGCUUGGCAUCUCUCGGUCGCUCCGCUCCCCGGAUGCAGCGGGCCCAGGCGGCGUCCGGAGGAGACCCACCCGGGGCCGAGUUCCCAAUGGAGCCCUUGGGGAGCCAGGGCGCGGGGCCAGAGCAGCCGCAGGUGCCCGUAGAGGAGCGACGGCUCGAGAGUCCCGAGAGCAGCCCGAGUCUGGCCCGCGCCGUAAAGGAAGCGGCGGGCGCAGGCCAGGACCUCUCGGGCGGGAAGAAGCUGCCGCCGCCUCGCCCGGCGCUCCUGCGGCUCCCGGCCCCCAGCCUGGGCUACGGCGCCUUCCGCCGCCAGGCCUCCGCCGGCUCCGAGCCGCCGUCGCCCGGCCCCACCGCGGCCGAGCAGCCCCGGGCCGGCGAGGCGCCGGGGGCCGAGCUGGCGCCCGGGGAGCCGCCGCAGGGCACCUGGGCCCCGGUGGAACUGCAGGUGGACGUGCGCGUCAAGUCCGUGGGCGUGGCGGGUGGCAGUCGCGCGCCCUCGCCGGCGCCGUCCCCGCGCUUCCUCACCGUGCCGGUGCCCGAGUCCCCGGCCUUCUCCCGCCACGCCUUUCCCGCCCUCCCGCUCCUGCAGCGGCCCCCCGCCCGGCCGGAGCGCGGCCUUGACGCCGAGGGCCGGGCGAGCCCCGCCGACGGGCGCUCGGAGCCCCCGGGCUCCCCCACGUGCCGCGGCCGCUGCGGGGAGCUGGGGCUGGAGAAGGAGGAGGACGCCGCGCUGCUGCACCGCGCCGAGACGGGCGGCGACGACGACAAGCUGCCCCGGGCCAUAAAGCUCAUAGGGCUGCCUAUGUACAUGAAGUCCCUGCGCUGGGCCCUGGCGGUCAUGGCUGUGUUUCUGGCUGUGUCCGCAGUCGCCAUCGUGGCUCUGGCUUCUAGAGCAGGGAUCAGGUGCCGGCCAUGCCCCCAGGGCUGGAUGUGGUCCGAGGAGCACUGCUACUACGUCUCUACUGAAGCUCAGGCCUGGGAGGCCAGCCAGGCGUUCUGCUCAGCUCACCAGGCUACCCUCCCGCUGCUGAGCCACACCCAGGACUUCUUGAGCAGAUACCCAGUCACCAAGUACUCCUGGGUGGCGGCCCGGCGAGGCCCCCAGGGCUGGCACUGGAUCGACGGGGCCCCACUAUCGCCCCCGCUGCUCCCGGAGGAAGCGGAGGACCAGACGGAGCUCAAGUGUGGGGGCCUGGAGGGAGGCAAGCUGGUAGCUUUGGACUGUGCCUCUCCAAGACCAUGGGUCUGCGCCAAGGGGACCAAGUGACUUGGGUUCCGCCCGUCCUGAGACUUGGGGGCAUGCAGUGCCCCCAGGGGAAGCCAGGUUGCUAGCUGUCGCAGCCUCUUCCCUGGACCCAGACUUCGGGGUCUCCCUGCUCUGUGCUCAGGGGACCCUUUCUGAGCCAACCAGGGACUGGACUUCCGGCUCAGGCAGGUCACGUCCAAGGGCGAGGAGGCUUUCUGUGGCCCUUCCAGCUUCUGAAGCGGUUCCCUUGGAAUGGUUUCUCUAGCAUUUUUGAGCCUAGGUUUCUCCCUCAUUAAAAUGGCCAUUUCCCAUCCUCUCCGUCACCUGCUUAAUCACACCUGCACACCCCCUCAGUCUUGGAGGACCCGAGGCCUUAGCGAUCCCAGUGCUGCCCGGCGGGUCUCACCUGAGCGCAGGGCCUGAGCCUCUGCUGGGAUGCCGCCUCCAGGCGGCUGGGCGCGUGGCCGACACCGUUGACCAACAGCGUCUGGAGGACAGACAGCAAGUGAGGAGUGGUCGCCCCUGGAGGAGGGAAGAGGAGGGUUUCCUUCCCGGCCCCGAGCUGGCAGAGGGUAAGGUUUGCGGUGUGCGGUGCUGGCGGGACUUCUGAGCAGCUGAUGCCCGAGGUGGGAAGAUGCAGAGGAUGGGACCCCUUGCCCCCCGGCCCGGGCAGGAGAACCAGGGAGCUGCAAGGCGUGGGGGUCCAAGUGAGGAAGGAAAUAAGAA